UCCUGCAAGUAGUGAACAGAAUAAGUCUCUGACUUCAUGCAGUCAGACACUCAUCUUCUCUGCAGGGUUGUGAUCAGUUUAUGUUGGUUUCACCAUGACAGGAUGUCUAGUUUUUAUUGUUCUUUUGGGUUCCUUUCAAGAGUUGCAAGUACAAGCUCUUCCUCAGGCUAAACUAACAGUGGAUUCAUCAUUAAUCAAAGACACAGAUUCAGUCACAUUAAGCUGUCGGGCUCCAGCUCAUGUUUCUGUGCAUCAGUGUUAUUUCUAUGUGAAUAGAGGAACUGAGGCACCUUUUCCCUGCAUAAAGACGUUUACAGGAACUGAGCUGCUGUGGAUGAGAAAACAAAGUUUACCCUCUGUGGCUGAAGUGAGAUGUUUCUAUACUGUAAAAUAUGAAGCUGUAAAUUCUCCAUCUCCCCACAGUGAUGUGUCCCAUAUUACUAUAAGUCUUAAGCCACAACUGAGUGUAAACUAUCGUAAGGGCCAGUCUGCUUUCUUCACCUGCUCUCUGCCUGGAUCUGUGAAACAAGAUACAACAUGUAAUCUGUACUUUGGAGAAUCAAGUCAUCCAGCAACAACAACAAUAAUAAUAUCAAAAACCAGAUCAAGUACCAACCAGUGGUUCUGCUGGACUGAGAUUCAAGAAAAUGAAUUAUUGAGACAUCUAGGUUUGGUUGAACAGAAGGAGGUCAGUUGUGAUUAUAGAUUGGAAAGAGAUGGGAAAUCUUUGUCACCUCGUAGUGAUCCAUACAGAUUAACCGGUAUUGUGGAAGGAGAUUUAACUGAGAUCAGGAAAACACCAACAAGAUUUAUGAAGACCACAAGCUCAUCGAAUGCUGUUUUUCCCAUCCAGGGUACGACAAAGCUGACAACAAGUAUCUCCAGUAUUUCCACUUCUACUAAGUCAGGUCAUGUGGAAGGAGAAUUAACGAAGACCGAAGGUUCAUCAGACGCUGCUUUGCCCAUCCAGGAAUCAUUCACCCAAACAACAGUGACAGUUUUCACCACAGGUGCCACAGAGCUGACAAAGAGUAAGACCACUUCUACACCAGCUUCUUCAACUGUUACUUCCACAUCUCAAAGAACGACAAAUGUGAAUUUUAUAUUCAAAGAUACGAGGAUAUUGGCAAUUGCAGCAGCGGUGGUGGGUGGAGUGAUUGUGGUUUCCAUUCUGGUGGUGGCAGCGUGUCUCAUAGCCAAAAGAAGAACUGGAAAAGGUUUGCACAACAGAAAACAAGCCAACCUUAAAGAUCAGAGUGUGUGGAUGAAAGUGACUGAUAACACAGAGAUGUUACCACUAGAUAAAGAUGGCGUCUAUAGCGUCAUCACAUCUGCACCUGCUGCUGAUCGUCCUACAGGUCCUGGGAAACCUGCCACCGGAAAACCACAAACUGAAGAUUCUGACGUCUACCACAUAUACUGCACCAUCCCUGAUUUACCUCCUCCAUCAACCAGGGAUGACGGGGUGUACUGCCUCCUGCAGAAUCACUGAAACACAUUUUCAUGGAGAAAAAACUAAUUCGCUGAAGAUAAUCAUUAGUUAUACUGUAUAACGCUGCACUAUUUUGUGCAGAGAUGAUGUUAUGCAAAAGGCUUUUGUUACAGAAACCCAAUGAAGAAACAGAACAUGUUAAAGAUUUGGAUAUUCAUCCCAGCAGAUCAAAGAAAAACAUUUUAUUUUACUUUCUCAUCUCAAACUUAACAAGUAGAUUUAAUUCUGUGAUUUAUGUCAGCUCAAUAUCAAAAUUUGUUUUUUAUCUAAAUAAUUUGUGAAAACUGUUUUACUCAGAACUCCUUUGUACUUGUGUGUUUCUGUGGAUGCUGCGCACAUCAGGUGUGUUUGGCUCUAGUUAAAAUGUUGUGUUAUUGUUAAACUUCAGGAGCUUCA